CCGGAAGUUGUUGCUUUCUCGGGGUCACUGGGUUUCGGGCAUACUGUCGCUCACUAAUCGUCUCCGGGAGGAGGACGGAGCUGGGUGCCCAGCCCACAGGGCCACUAGGGGAUGCAGUUAUGGGCGCUGUCGCCGUGGAUUGUUAUUCUGUGUCAUUAAGGCGUCCAUGAAGUGCCAACAUGGGAAAGAAACGGACAAAGGGAAAAACUGUUCCAAUUGAUGAUUCUUCUGAAUCUUUAGAACCUAUGUGUAGACACCUUAGAAAAGGAUUGGAACAAAGUAAUCUGAAAAAGGCUUUAGUGAACGUGGAAUGGAAUAUUUGCCAAGAUUGUAAGACCGACAAUAAAGUAAAAGAUAAAUCUGAAGAGGAAGCAGAAGAGAACCCUUCAGUUUGGCUGUGUCUUAAAUGUGGCCAUCAGGGCUGCGGCAGGGACUCUCAGGAGCAGCAUGCCUUGAAGCACUAUCUGACACCACGGUCGGAACCUCACUGUCUGGUUCUGAAUUUGGACACCUGGAGCGUGUGGUGUUACAUGUGUGAUGAUGAGGUCCAGUACUGCCAUUCAAACCGAUUGGGGCAGGUGGUUGAUUAUAUUAGAAAACAAGCCGGCCUUACAACUCUACAGUCAGCAGCAAAAGACAAUGGAAACAUUGAACUUGAAAAUAAAAAAUUAGAAAAAGAAAGUAAAAAUGAACAAGAGAGAGAAAAAAAGGAAAACAUGGCUAAAGAAAAUCCUUCCAUGAAUUCUACUUCCCAGAUAACUGUGAAAGGACUCAGUAAUUUGGGAAAUACGUGUUUCUUCAAUGCAGUUAUGCAGAAUUUGUCACAAACUCCAGUGCUUAGAGAACUACUGAAAGAAGUAAAAAUGUCUGGAACAAUUGUGAAAAUCGUGCCUCCUGAUUUGGCACUCACAGAACCCUUAGAGGUAAACCUCGAGCCUCCAGGACCUCUUACUUUGGCCCUGAGCCAGUUUCUUAAUGAGAUGCAAGAGACCAAAAAGGGAAUCGUGACACCUAAGGAACUCUUUUCUCAGGUCUGUAAAAAAGCAGUGCGGUUUAAAGGCUAUCAGCAGCAAGACAGCCAGGAGCUGCUUCGCUAUCUAUUGGAUGGGAUGAGAGCGGAAGAACACCAAAGAGUGAGUAAAGGAAUUCUUAAAGCAUUUGGUAAUUCUACUGAAAAAUUGGAUGAAGAACUAAAAAAUAAAGUUAAAGAUUACGAAAAGAAGAAGUCAAUACCCAGCUUUGUGGACCGCAUCUUUGGUGGUGAACUGACAAGUACGAUCAUGUGUGACGAAUGCAGAACUGUCUCCUUGGUUCAUGAGUCUUUCCUUGAUUUGUCUCUCCCAGUUUUAGAUGACCAGAGUGGCAAGAAAAGUAUAAAUGAUAAAAAUCUAAAAAAGACAAUGGAAGGUGAAGAUAAAGACAGUGAGGAAGAAAAAGAUAACGAUAGUUACAUAAAAGAAAGAAAUGAUAUUUCUUCAGGAACAAGUAAACACUUACAGAAAAAAGCAAAGAAGCAAGCCAAAAAGCAAGCCAAGAACCAGCGAAGGCAACAGAAAAUCCAGGGAAAAGUUCUUCUUUUAAGUGGUAUCCGUACCAUUGACAAUCCUGAAGAUAAUGAAUGUGAUGCUGAAGUGUCACUUCAGGGGGAAUUGGGUGUUAAGUCCAGCCAUGUCUCAGAAGAGGACGUUAUUGAUAAAGAAAAUUCUGUCAGUCAGAAAGAUUUGAAUGGCCAAGAGAAAGUGAUAGAAAAUGUAACUGACAGUCAGAAUUCCACAGAAGAGGUAGAUGUGGAAAACGUCCACGGGGAUAACGUUCUGGAGGCUUUGGCAUCUUCCCCCACUGAAUGCACUGAGAAUUUAAACGGCAUCUACCUGAAGGAAGGGAGCGAUGGAGAAGUGGACAUCUCCAGUGGCUUUAAAAACCUUAACUUGAAUGCUGCUCUUCAGCCCGAGGAAAUAAAUAUAGAGAUUCUGAAUGACAGUCAUACUGCUGGGACAAAGAUCUAUGAGGUUGUAAAUGAAGAUCCAGAAACUGCUUUCUGUACGCUUGCCAACAGGGAAGCUUUCAAUACCUAUGAGUGUUCAAUCGAGCACUGUUUAUACCAGUUCACGCGUAAUGAGAAACUUCGAGAUGCGAAUAAACUGCUUUGUGAAGUAUGCUCACGGAGACAGUAUAACGGACCAAAGGCAAAUAUAAAAGGUGAAAGGAAACAUGUUUACACCAAUGCCAAAAAGCAGAUGCUCAUUUCUCUUGCCCCUCCUGUCCUCACUCUUCAUUUAAAGAGAUUUCAGCAGGCUGGUUUUAACCUACGCAAAAUUAACAAACACAUAAAAUUUCCGGAAAUCUUAGAUUUGGCUCCUUUUUGUACUCUUAAAUGUAAGAAUGUCGCUGAAGAAAAUACAAGGGUACUCUAUUCCUUAUACGGAGUCGUUGAGCACAGUGGCACUAUGAGGUCUGGACACUAUACUGCCUACGCCAAGGCAAGGACUGCAAACAGCCAUCUCUCUAACCUUGUUCUCCACGGUGACAUUCCACAAGAUUUUGAAAUGGAAUCAACUAAAGGGCAGUGGUUUCACAUCAGCGACACACACGUGCAAGCUGUGCCCACAACUAAAGUCCUGAGCUCACAAGCGUACCUCCUGUUUUAUGAGAGAAUAUUGUAACGGUUUCAAAAAAGGACUUUUUCCAGAAACAUGUUUAUGGCUUUUAUAAAGGCUGUAAUAAUAAAAAGUAAAGACUAAAGUUAAAUUACAUUCACUUAAAACUAAGAACAUGCCAGAAGAAAUCAUGUUCCUUGAAAAUACUGAAGGGAGAAUGCCUAAAAACUUAGUGGUUUUUACCCGCUUCCAGUUUCUGGAAGUUCUGAGUUACUUAAGUCCUCUGUGUUUAACAUGUGUGGGUGCUGGGUUGAAACACAUCAAUAAACUGACUUACCCCAGAAACCUGUUUUAUUGGAAGAUUUUAAGUUGUAUUGACUUACUCUACCAAGUAACUAUUUAAAAAAAAGUUUCAAGCCAGCUAAUGACACUUUAGUACAGGCGUGUCAGUAGGCAGUACAGAAUUGGGAGAAACUUGGCUCCAGGCCUUCUGACGCCUGGCAGUGCGCAUAAGCCAGGGCACAGGCCCAGUUCUACAUGUGCCUGUGCAGUGGCACUGAGCCCAGGGAGAAAAUCUGGGUACUAGCUCAAUAGCUGCACUCCUUAGAGUGUAUGUAACUGGGACCAGGGUCCCCUUCACGCCAGCCUGCCAGAGAAGCCUGUGUAUUGUCUUUUACCAUUUCAGCUGCAUGCAACUCAAAGAGCCUUAAGGACACCAGCAUGUCUAAGCUUCUGGUAAGGUUCUCGUUUAGGCUUUUCCUUGUUAUCCUAGUUAACC